AUGGACAAUACCUUCCUUAUUUUGUACUGGUUAGAUUUGCAAAAACCUGUGUCCAGACAGUUGGGUCUUUCGCUUGUUGACCCUUUGCUUCACUUUUGUGUAAAAUUUUAUACACCUGAUCCCAGCCAAUUAGAGGAAGAGUACACUAGAUACUUAUUUUGUUUACAAGUUAAACGGGAUCUUGCGCAGGGUCACCUACAGUGUAAUGACAACACAGCUGCUCUUAUGGCCAGUUAUAUCGUACAAGCCGAAUGCGGAGAUUUUGUAGCAGAAGACUAUCCUGAUCAUACCUACUUGACCAGUUAUAAGUUUGUCCCCCAUCAAGACCAAGAAAUUGAGAGGAAAAUAAUGGAAAAUCAUAAAAAGCACAUAGGUCAAUCUCCAGGAGAAGCUGACCUAAACCUCCUAGAAACUGCUCGUAGAUGUGAACUUUAUGGCAUAAAAAUGCAUCCCACUAAAGAUCAGGAGAAUGUGCCUCUUAAUUUGGCUGUGGCACAUAUGGGUAUUAUUGUUUUUCAACAUUACACAAAAAUAAAUACCUUUUCAUGGGCAAAAAUACGCAAAAUUAGUUUCAAAAGGAAAAAGUUUCUUAUAAAAUUACACCCAGAAGGAUAUGGAUAUUAUAAAGACACCGUAGAAUUUUUUUUCGAAAGCAGGAACGAAUGCAAGAAUUUUUGGAAAAAGUGUGUGGAAAAUCAUGGUUUCUUUAGAUGUUCAUCAGUAAAAACUGUUCCCAGGCAUAAGACGAGAGUUCUUUCUAGAGGUAGUUCAUUUAGGUAUAGUGGAAAGACCCAAAAGCAAAUAGUUGAAUUUGUGAGAGAUAAUUACGUAAAAAGACAGGCAUUUCAGAGGUAAUAUAUUUUCUUACUCUGU